AUGUCUAGAAAGAAUUUGAAUGUUGAAAUAGGUAAUCCAUCGGGAUUUCAUCAUGUUGGUGGCGCUGGUUCAGCAUAUAGCAAUCAGACACCACCACCACCAUUGUCACCACCACCAAUGUUGACUACAUCACCACCCAAGAUAAUAACUGUAGGUGCACAGCUACAACAGCAAUCAACAACAUCAUCACGUGAUCCAAAGUCAAGCGCAAAGUCAACGAUCAUCUCCAACAAACUCAGAAAGUUCUUCACACACCGACCAUCACGUGAUUCACUCUACGAACGUCACAUAUUAAACGCACCCUAUGGAUCGGGAAAUCUUUCAUUUUAUAAUAUAUUCAAGAUUAUAGUUGCAUUGAAAAAAGCAAAUGUUUUGGACCAUGAAGGUAUUUUUAGGGUAAAUGGAAAUUCAGAAACAAUUAGAUCUUUGUGGCUGUCGUUGAACACUCAGGAUUUGAAUCUUGCGAUUGAACAUACAGCACACGAUUUGGCAGGUCUGCUAAAGUUAUAUCUCAGAGAAUCGCGGUUCCCAUUGAUACCGAUCGAACUAUUCCCAAACAAUUCGACACCCAACAAGAUUGAAACGAUAAGAGAUUUCAUUUCGAAACUUCCAAAUGAGAAUGUAAAGAUUCUACACUAUCUAAUUGAAUAUUUGGAACAGGUAACCAGUAAUUCAGCCGUAAAUAAAAUGAAUCCAAUUGCUUUAGGUGUUUGUUUUGGACCAAAUAUAAUUAGAUCUAUUUCCAAUAAUCCACAACCGGAUUCACUGACACAAAUUCAAGGACAAUGCAAUAUGAUUACAGCGAUGAUUGAGAAUAGAGAGUUUAUUUUUGCGGAUCAAGAUGGAUUGCUACAUCAGGAGGUGGAGGAAGGCGAAGAGUCAUAUACGAGCGAUAGAACUGUGGAGACUCUUCCAUUGCCACCACCUCCCAACUCGAUUGCUGGCGGACUCUACUCGUCGUCGCCAUCCGACCUAAUCAAGAAUCUCUUCCUAAACGAUCCAGACAAUUUCAAACUUUUCCUCAAAGAGAUACUAGGAAUCGAUGGUUUAAUUUCAUUACUAGAAGUCAUUUUAACAUUGGAAUAA